GCAGACUCAAUAGCCCAGAAACUCCACGUGGUGUACCGUCGAACAUCGCAAAAUUUCGCGUGCGGAUAAAAAACGGUUACGUUUCUUCCGCUCCUUCCGUUGCCACGGAACACGUUCGGCCGUACUUCUAGCCUAUACGCGAUUCGCUGUCGUCACGAUAGUCAGUUAUUGUCUUCUUCGUUACGAAAUCAUUCUCAGUGAUCGAGGAGGGGGACUCGCGGGUUUCUUGUGACCGGUGGUCGAUACCCUCCGGGGGAUGGUAGCCAGGUUCAAAUGAGAGAACGAUCGUUUGCUGGCAGUCAGCUCUUUUGAACAAGCGAGAAGAGGGUGGUAAAUCGAAGGAAGGCUCGUUGUCCAAGACCUUUGCCGGUGUCGAGGGAAGAAUGGGCAAGGGUUGGAAAGGUGCAAAGGAAUUCGUCGGCAUCGAAGAUGUGACGAAGUUCGAUUUUCUGGUCAUGAUGUUCGCCGAGGCACUUGGAACAAUGCUUCUGGUGCUUAUCGGCUGUGCGUCCUGCAUCACGUGGACCGCUGAUAACCCACCCACCGUCGUGCACAUUGCGUUUACCUUCGGUCUCGCUGUGGCAAGCCUGGCACACGUAUUAGGACCAGUUUCAGGCUGUCAUGUGAAUCCAGCUGUAACAGUCGGCCUUCUAAUCAGCGGAAAUUGCUCGUUUCUGAAAGCAAUAUGCUACAUCAUUUGUCAAUGUUGCGGCGCCAUCGCGGGUUCCGCAGUGUUAAAGGUGCUGAUCCCAACAACAGCAGCUCGUAAUGGCUUGGGUGCCACUGCUCUUUCCCUGUCAGUCACCGAGAGUCAAGGUCUCUUCAUGGAAGGUAUCAUCACUUUCCUCCUGAUUCUGGUCGUCCACGCAGUGACCGACCCCAAGAGAACCGACACGAGGGGAUGGGCACCGAUGGCGAUCGGAUUGGCCAUUACCGUGGCUCAUAUGGCAGCCGUGCCCGUUACAGGAAGCAGCAUGAAUCCUGCCAGGACGUUAGGUCCUGCUGUCAUCCUAAGCGAAUGGAAGAACUUAUGGAUUUACUGGGUUGGGCCGAUUAUGGGAGCUUGCGCUGCCGGUGGCCUCUACAGGGUGGCGUUUAGACGCAAGGAGGACGAUGAAGCAUCUUACGAUUUCUGAAAACAGAAUUCAAAAUCGCUAUCCCUAGUGAUGGAUCCUCCUUGAAAAGAAAGGAAACGAAUCGAAAACUGUCUUAACUCUUUCAGACACGGCGUCCACGAUUGAGGACACAAAAUUUAAAAAUUACCGACACUAUAGUUUAGGACGAAUGUCCAGUUUUUCUCGAAAACUACACUAUUAGGAUUUUAGUUUAAAUUUUUUCCAUAAUAACUGUAAUCCAAGUUCACCUUAAAAAUUAAAUUACAUUAGUACGAGAAGAAAAUAAUUCAGAUCUGAAAGGGUUAAUUAUUAACUGCAAUCACUGGGUCGUAUUUUAUACAAAAGAAGCAAAUUUUUCAUUUAAAGAUCAGGGUCAGUUAAACGAUCAGUGUUCCCGAUCCUCACUUCAAGUAUUUAUUUAUUACUCUAAAGUUUAGACAGUUUAAAAAUCAAAAGGAUUUUGAUCGAGUAAAAUACAUGGCAAUUUCUUCCUAGUCUCGCAUAUGGAAAAAAAUAUUUAUCUGAAGGCUUCGAUUCUGUGUUUGAGUUAUCUUCGAUACUGCUACCAUUACAAAUCGUUAUUAAUUUAAUUAUUCUAAUGAAUAUUAAGACACUAGUUAUGAAUUCACAGAGUGAAACUACUGUUUUGUAACUCAUUAAAAUAAUCGACUUUCGAUACAACGAUUUCUAAUGUUUACAAUAUUGAGGAUGAUUUAAGUACUGUGUUGUAAUAUUUAAAU